AUGUCCACUCCCAAGAGCCAACAGUUGGACCUCUCGACCCUUACAACCCAACAGCUCUCACAGGUCAAGAAGCAGCUCGACGACGAGAUCGAGCACCUGAACAACUCGCAUGGCCAGCUGCGCCAGGCACAGGCCAAAUUCCGCGAGUGCAUCCGCAGUAUCGCGGGUGGUGUCACGCCGAAGCUUGAUGGCAAACCGAUCUUGGUCCCCCUCACAACUUCCCUCUACGUGCCCGGCACUCUCGCAGAUCCCAAUAACGUAAUUGUAGAUGUCGGUACAGGUUUCUACGUCGAGAAGACCACGAAAGACGCAACUAAGUUCUACGAAGCCAAAGUCGAAGAACUAGGCGGCAACCUCAAGGGUCUCGAAGCCAUCGUACAAGGCAAAUCCAAGAAUCUUUCAGUCGUGGAAGAUGUCCUAAGAGAGAAAGUCCUCCAGGCGCCGCCUCCUGCGUCUUCGUCUGCUGCCUAG